AUGGAUAGCAGUCAAAUGACUACCGAAGAACUCCUUCGUGUGUUAGGAAGUGUAGAAGAGGAUGAUGAAUUCUCUGAAACCACAUCUCUACACGAGGAUGAUUUAGAGUCUAUCACGGAUAGUCAAGAAAGAAUCAAUGUCUCACCUGUCCUGCCAUCAACAUCUCACACCGGCCAAGAAACACCUGACUACAAUAGGGCCUCAACAUCUGCAUCAUCAUCAACAACCCACCGUGACCGUCGUCGAAGCCAAACCGAGACGUCCUUCCAGUGGACUUCAGCACAAUACGUGGCUGCAUUGACUAGCUUUGAUGAGUUUGCGUCAGGUCUUAAUUUUGAAGUAACAGAAAAUAUGACUGAAUUAGAUACUUUUUUAAAAUUUUUAGAUAAAGACUUUAUGUCGUUCAUUGUACAAAUGACAAAUGAGUAUCACUCACGUUUUGUACUAAACGUAGACCUUCGUAUUCAUUCUCGCCUACAAAGGUGGCAUGAUGUAUCUAUUCCAGAAUUGUACAUAUUUUUUGCUAUAUUAAUGUUAAUGACUCGAAAUCGUCAUCUGACUAUAGAAGAGCACUGGAGUACAGAUUUGUUGUUAUCAUCGCCCAUUUUUUCUCAACUUAUGCCUAGAAAUCGCUUUUGCACAAUUCUAAGCAUGUUACAUUUUUCACGGCCAAGUGAAGAGACUAAUGUAUUAUCUAAAAUCAAUACUUGCAUUAAUCACGCUAAGGAAAAGUUUAAAAAAAAUAUAACACCGUAUAAAAAUCUAUGCAUAGACGAGAGCAUCGUUCCCUUCAAGGGACGAUUAUCAAUUAAGCAGUAUUUGCCAAUGAAAAGGAAUCGCUUUGGAAUAAAGUUGUUUGUAAUGUGUGAUGUAGAAACAGGCAUUAUCAUUGAUUUUAUUGUUUACUGUGGCGCAGCUACUCAAAUAAUAGAUCCUUGUAAUUUAGGUGUUGGAGGCGCUGUUGUCUCAACUUUAAUAAGGGAUUAUUUCGGUACUUAUCGUCAUCUAUAUAUUGACAACUGGUAUACUAGCCCGGCAUUGUAGAAUUACCUCCACGAGAAUAAUAUAUACGCGUGUGGUACUGUAAAAAAAAACAGAAUCGGUAUGCCACGCUUUAAUACUCUUAAGCCUGGGGAAGUCCAAGCGCAGUAUUCUCCUCCAAUGACAGCUCUAAAAUGGCGAGACAAAAAAGAUAUAUUUCUUUUGUCAACGAUUCAUAGUGAUGUUAUGGCGCCGUCAUUAAAAGAGGACAGAGCGACGGGGCUCCCAGUUAUGAAGCCACAAGCCGUUUUGGAUUAUUCCAAAAAUAUGGGAAGCAUUGACACGGCUGACAUGCUACUGUCUUCUAUACAGUGCAUAAGGAAAACCGUAAAAUGGUACAAAAAGUUGUUUCUGCACAUAAUUGAUAUGCACGUAUUGAAUUCUUUUUUCAGUUUUCGGCAAAUAAAAAACAUGCCAAAUUUACAUUUUUCACAAUUUCAGUUGAGUCUUAUUCGCCAAAUUAUAGAAAAUUUUCAUUCUUUCAAUACUUUACCUUCAUCCAUAAGCAGCAGCCACAACAAUCCACUGCGCAUACUACCGAAAAACUACAACGAUCACAUGCCGACCCUUAUGGGCAAAUACCAACGCUGUAGGCAAUGUGCAAUUAAAAAAGAGAGAAAAGAAACACGGUACACUUGUAAAAUAUGCAAAGUGUAUUUAUGUGCUGCUCCAUGUUUCAAAAAAUAUCACUCUUAA